UCAUCCUUGCCAUUGCUAGUUCGCGUCGUCUUCGUGCACAGUCAUAAUUUAAAACACUCAUUAGCUAGUCAACAUUUAUAUUCGUCGAAAUGCCUUUAGAAAAUUUGGAAGAGGAAGGUUUACCAAAAAACCCUGAUUUGAGGAUAGCACAAUUGAAAUUUCUGCUGACUCUCGAUGGUCACCGACAAGAUGCUACAGUUAAAACGGAGCUCAUGGAGGCCAUCAGGGCUAACAAUAUGGCUCCAUACUACGAGGCUCUGUGUAAAGAACUGAAAUGGCAGGUGGACGCAGACCUGCUGAGCAAAAUGAAGAGGGCGAAUGAAGAAGAGCUGAAACGCCUUGACGAUGUUUUGGAAGACGCUGAGAAGAAUCUUGGAGAAAGUGAAAUACGAGAUGCCAUGAUGGCUAAAGCUGAAUACCUUAUUCGGAUUGGAGACAAAGAAGGAGCCUUGACUGCCUUCAGGAAGACUUACGAUAAGACUGUCGCUCUUGGACAUCGCCUAGAUAUUGUCUUUUACCUUCUAAGGAUUGGCCUUUUUUACAUGGACAGCGACUUAAUCACACGCAAUACCGAGAAGGCCAAAAGUCUUAUUGAGGAGGGAGGUGACUGGGACAGGAGAAACCGUUUGAAGGUGUAUCAGGGGCUCUAUUGCGUAGCCAUCCGGGACUUCAAACAGGCAGCUGAACUCUUCCUGGACACCGUGUCCACCUUUACCUCCUACGAGUUGAUGGACUACAAGACCUUCGUUACAUACACAGUGUAUGUGUGUAUGAUAGCAUUGAAGAGGCCUGACCUGAGAGAAAAGGUGAUUAAAGGAGCAGAGAUCCUGGAGGUGUUGCACAGUUUGCCCGCUGUCCGUCAGUACCUGUUCUCUCUCUACGAGUGUCGUUACUCCGUCUUCUUCCAGUCCCUGGCACAAGUGGAGCAGGAGAUGAAGAAGGACUGGCUGUUUGCUCCCCAUUACCGUUACUACGUACGAGAAAUGCGUAUCCACGCCUACAGCCAGCUUCUGGAGUCCUACCGUUCCCUCACUCUGGGCUACAUGGCCGAGGCCUUUGGCGUCAGCACCGAGUUCAUCGACCAGGAACUCUCCAGAUUCAUCGCUGCCGGCCGUUUACACUGCAAGAUCGACAAAGUUAAUGAGAUAGUGGAAACCAACAGACCAGACAGUAAGAACUGGCAGUACCAGGAAACCAUCAAGAAAGGGGAUCUCCUCCUGAACAGAGUUCAGAAGCUGUCCAGGGUUAUCAACAUGUAACGUAGCAUGUGGCAUCUUUUCAAUGUGUCAAACCUCAGUGGUUGUAGGACAACACGUCUGAAUUAAAAAAAAAAAAAAAAAGACCUUUGCUUUCUGUAUAUAUAAUAAAAACGUUUUCAGAGAA